AUGUCGCAGAUUCACGCCCUAUCCGAUGACCAGGUUGGUCAAGAGCUCCGCAAGAUGACGGCGUUCAUCAGGCAGGAGGCGACUGAGAAGGCCCACGAGAUCGAGACCAAGGCCAACGAAGAGUUUGCCAUUGAAAAGUCCAAGCUUGUCCGCCAGGAGACCGACGCCAUCGACGCCGCGUACGAGAAGAAGUUCAAGCAGGCCACCAUGUCCCAGCAGAUCACCCGGUCCACCGUCGCCAACAAGACCCGCCUGCAGGUCCUAACGGCCCGCCAGGAGCUGCUCGACGAUCUCUUUGAAGCUGCGCGCAAGAAGCUGGCCUCGGAGGCCUCGUCGUCGCCCGCCAAGUACAAGGAGAUGCUCACGAAGCUGGUGCUGGAGGGCGCCUACGCGAUGCAGGAGCCCAAGCUGCAGAUCCGCGCACGCAAGGCCGACGCGGCGGCCGCCAAGGAUGCUCUGGCAGCGGCAGCCAAGGAGUACAAGAAGGAGACGGGCGAUGCGGUCGAGCUUGUGCUGGACACGGAGAACGAGCUUCCGGCGAGCAGUGCGGGCGGUGUGAUCAUUGUGGGCGGCAACGGCAAGAUUACGAUUGACAACACGCUCGAGGCGCGGCUGGCUCUGGUCGAGCACAAUGCGCUGCCUGUGGUGCGGGAGACGCUGUUUGGCAAGAACGUCAACCGCAAGUUCUAUGACUAG